ACGCAGCUUAAAACACAGCAGAGGUGUUACAAUAACAUAGCGUUUCGUGUUUAUUUCGAUCAACUUUGCACUAUCGGCAAAUUGUAGCAGAUAUGUUCUGCAUAUUUUCCAAUCUUGAAAUCAUCCGUCUUCUGUGUCCCACACAAACUGUAUAGUGGAUGUUUUGUAUCGUUUGGCAAAACAAAAUCAUCGAUGCAGAGGAAGUACUAGUAAAAAGAGCACAGCGUAUCACCUCGGCAGCUAGAUACACGUCAAAGUCAGAGCAGCAUUUUAUCGCUAGAAAUGGGAGUUUGAAUUGCAUAUCGUAGUUGGCGCAGCUUCAUAGGACUCGGGCGGAGAUUCGAUAGGCAACUAUGACGCAUCCUGAAGAUAAGUUGCGGAACACACCACUGUAACAUAGUCCAACGGCAUAGGCUACGAGCGAGAGCUACCCAAACGCCCUCCCCACCCAGUCCGGGGAAAGGAAAAUUGGGCAAAGCAAAUAGCGAAACGAACUACAUACCCACGCUGCAAUGGCACAAAAGCAGGCGCAAUCGGUCGUGCCGUUGUCGGCGAUCGAACCACACCAACGGAUACAGAAGCUCGUCGCGGAUAGUCAACGGGUUUCGAUUGAUCCGACAAUGCCAAUUAACCGGUACUAUCGCUCUGGAAGCCAAAUCGUCGAGACGGCGGAUCGGUCGUUGCGCGAGGGUAAGCUAGAGAAGGCGUUCACCUUCUACCUUCGGUUCGUGACCAUCUUCGUAGAGCUGAUACUGCAGCACCCGGGGUACCGGUCGGUGCUGCCACAGGAUAAACAACAGACGAAGGCCAAAAUCAAGGAGAUUAUGCCGAAGGCGGAAGUCAUACGCAAGAAACUGCUCGCGAUGUAUACGGCGGAAUAUGAGCGCUACCUGGUGCAGGCACAGCAAACAGCACGAGAGGCAAAGGAAGCCGAACGGGAGGAACAGGAACGAGCGGCUCAGGAGAAAGCGUUAGACCAUUCAUCUUCGGUUGCUGCGAACGUGUCACCGGCACCAUCGGCACCGAGCUACAUUUCUGUAAUCAGCGAACAGGACGUUAAGAUGAUGGAUCAAGUGUUCUAUCCGAGCGAGUUUCUAACCGACCGUACUCGCAUCAGCGGUCAAUCGGGCGGUGGGGGACUCUUGCUGCCGGAUGCCAAUCGAAAAGUGGACCGAUCCCUUAAACCGUCGUCGCCGUCGGUACCAUCGGUGUCAACGGUGCCAUCGGCCCAGACAGCGGCUAUCACCUCUGCAACCGGCUUUCGCGCGAUUACCGUACCGUCGAACACGAUGCGCAAAUUCUUGGCCGUGGCGGCAGCCAACACCCAGGCCAACCUGGAAACGUGUGCCAUUCUCGCAGGUACCUUACGCCAAUCCGCCUUCUACAUAACGCAUGUGAUCUUUCCGAAGCAGACCGGCACGGCCGAUAGCUGCAAUACGAUGAACGAGGAAGAGAUAGCGGACGUACAGGAUCGUCACAAUCUGAUCACUCUCGGAUGGAUACACACGCAUCCCUCACAAACGGCUUUUCUGUCGUCGGUAGAUCUGCACACGCACUGUUCCUACCAGCUAAUGCUGGAGGAAGCGAUCGCUAUCGUUUGUUCUCCAAAGCACCAAGAAACCGGAUUCUUCAACCUUACACCAGUGGGUAUGGAUUCCAUUUCCCAGUGUCGUCAAACUGGCUUUCAUCCGCACUCCUCUGCCUCGCCUCUGUUUGCCGAAGCUCAACACAUCAUUCUGAGCGAUGCAGUCGCUGUCGAUACGAUUGACCUCCGAUGAAUUCGCUCUCGCUUUCUAUGUUUUUUUUGUUUUGUCUGUUGCGAUUUUGCUUUUUUCUCACUUGUUUUUGAGAUUGUAAAUACGCUUCGAUAUCGCUUUGGAGAUAUUAGGUAUAUAUCAUAUACGCGCCUAUUGAUUCAGAGAGCCGUAUGUAUAUUUACAGAAAUGUUAGCACGAUCUACUACGCCACAAUGUUUUUUUUUUCGAAUUGCCGCGACACAUUGCAGCAAGCUUUGUCUGUUUUUCGCACUGGCUAGCCGUCCGGUUCACGAAGCUGGCAAAAAAUAAGCAUAUUUUAUGAGCGUGCUGCUAACCCACUAUAUAGUGCUGAUGAAUGUACCAAACUGGAUCAGAGCAAAAAAUAUAUUAUACUGAUUGAGCACUAUGCCGUUGAAAGGCUCGAGGAAGCAAAUCGAAGUCAUUGUUGGUUUCGGGUGCUGUUUACUCCUAAAUGUUUCAAAGUGAUCAAACAGAGGAAGUGGGAGCGCGAAAGAGAUCUCUAAUUAAAUUAUUUUUGAAUGAAAUUUAACUGUUUAAAGUGCCUCAGCGCUGGAUACUGGUGAACGCUACGAGUGACUGUUCUUUUCUUUUUUGCGCUACCUUAAUACAAUCUACGCAAUAAAAAGGUAUUUGAUCUGUGUA